UGGUCUCUGCUUCGCCCAAACUUUUGCGACACCACGACAACUUUGCCUCGAUGGCUGCAAAACGACCCCACGAGGGCGGCGCCAAGUCGUCGGCCAAGAAGCAGAAGAAGGGCUUCGCCAUUGGGCCUGCCAACCUGCCCGAUGGCACGCACAGGAGAAAAAUCGAGAAGAUCAAAAAGAGUCUUAUUCAAAAGGCCAAGAUCAAGAAGCAGUAUGAGAAGUUAAAGGCCCGCGAGGAAAACGAAGGCACUGCGCCGCGCAAGUCUGUCUACGACCGCCAGGAUGGCGAUGAGAAUGGCCAGGAAGAGCCCUCUGAGCCUGCUCCCGAGCCUACGCUAGAACCCCACCCGGAUCGCAUUGCUAUGCUGGAGGAGAAGUCGCCGGAACCGAGGAAUGAGCAAACUUUUGAGAGGCGCCAGCGGCGGCCGCGCCCCCAGCCCUUCCAGAAAGAGAGUGCAUUGGCGGAGAAGAAGAGGCAAGAGGCCGAGGCGCGCCAGAGGGCGAGGGAAGAGGCGGACAAGGAGCGCGCGCGCAAGGCUGCUGAGCGAGAGCGCUUCAGAAAAACAAUGGCCAAGGCAAGAGGUCCAAAUGGCCAGAGGAAGCUGGGCCGCGAGAGUACCGUUUUGCUUGCCAAAGCACAAAGGCUGAUGGGCAAAACGUGAAGCGUCUUGCCAGUAGACAGCGACACUACAUUCUGGAACUCUGGACCACGGACAUGUCUGUAUGAGAUGCCAUCUGCAAAGCCCACGCUUUCUGUAGGCUACUAGAGGACGUAGUCACAUGGAUAGGCCGUAUACUCGCCACCUUGAUCUGAACGACCAUGCUCUACAUAUAAUAGGCCGCGGGCACAGUUGCGGAUGCCGGUCAGCAUUUGGGCGUGGGCGUGGGCAUGGGCGUUUUCAACGGAUAUCGGAUCUGCAAGCUACCUUGAUGAUUUGCAACUAUGCUCCGCUUGUUGCGGAUAUCGGAACCGCUGGUGCGCUCGUUUGACAGCACGCGACCGUCUGUUAAUUUGGAAUCGCUAUCUCAUGGAUUAAUAUAGUAUCCUGAAAUCAACGCCCUUCUCGAAUGG